AUGCGCGGUUCCACUGCGACAGGCACAAAAGCCCAAGACAGGGCCACGGCCACGGUCACGGCAACCGCCACCAAGAAUGCAAGCAGCAAUAGCAAUAGCAAUAGCAACAGCGAUACUCAAACCAACGACGCAUCGCAACCAACAGCCACAUCCAGCAUAUUUUCCUCGGAUAGCACCACCAGCAGCAGCAGCAGCAGCAGCAAUUCCCCACACUCCGGCCUAAGCACCGGCGCAAAGGCAGGUAUCGGCGCAGGCGUCGGAGGCGGUGUCUUGAUAAUCCUCGGUCUAGUCACCUUCAUCCUGCUCAGGAACCGGCGCACGAAUGCGCCUAACGGAACACCCGAAGCGAGAGACCAAUCCAUGUCACUGAUGGAGUAUAAGCCGGAGCUUGAUGCGAGCCAGCUCCAAGCCUCACCUAGCCAGAAACCGGACGUGGAGGUCACUGCAGCUUAUGCGCCCCCGGAUGGUGCGAACGAACUUCAUGCGCAGCAUUUAUCGUAUCAGCUGCCUACCGGCCAGAACUCGUCGGAGUUACCGUACAGCCCUGCGCCUUACCAGCAACCUUUGCAUAGCAAUCCGUAUGAAUUGCCGGGCCAUUCGACUCCACGCGAAGCCAGAAACGGAACCCCUCCCAGACCAUCGCAACAAGAAACGCAUCAGAAACCGCGACCUGAAACACAUGUCUCACUGGGCUCAGCAGGCCCACAGGCACGACGUCCUGCAACUCGGCACCACCAGUCGCUUCCACCGCAACAACAUCAACCCCGGGAGCGCAAGAAGCUGUGCGUCCAGCGCAUUCCGAAAAACAUUCUCCGCAACCGCCAGACCAACCGAACCCCCGAGACGCUGCGCAAGGAUCACAAGCGUACUCCCAAGGGGGAUAUCCGCCGCGCUCAGAACCACCUGGAGGGCGGUUAUCGGGCUCUGCACCACGGCGCCGUAUCCUGCGCCCGUGAGCACCUGGUACCCAAACCAUUUUUUGAACGGGCUCGAGCGCGAAAGUGUGUAUAA